AUGGCAAGUGGCGGCAUGGGUGUCUCCCUGGGCUCUUCGAAGUUGAGGGAGGCCAGGGAAGCCAAGGCAAAGACCAAAACGCGGCCCAACCCUGGCACCGGCCCGUCGAACGCUUCGGGCCGGGCGCCCAGGCGGGAGUCGCCCUUGGCGGCUGCAGCGAGGCGUGCACGGGAGGCCAUGGCCGGAACGCCGGCCUCCAAAAACGAAGGUCGCAGUCAGAGGCCGAGAGCCUCAAGCGGCCAGGGCGGCCAGGGCCUGGCCCCCAAGCUGCGAAAGCCGCAACUCGGGGCCGAGCCGCCGCCUCCCACGCCGUGUACGCCAGAAAGCCCACUGCGCUCCGAGACACAGCCGUUUGCCUAUGCAGCCCGGUCGCUGAUCCGGUCGCACGGGAGCCCGGAAAGGGACUUGGACAAACAUCCUUCCCGCAGACCUCCCGGCAGCUGUUCGCCGGAAAGCCCCGACUGGAAGAAUGGCAGGAGAAGGCCAUCCCAUGCAUUCGAGGAUCACGAUUCCAAUGCGGACUUUGCGAAUUCUUCAGUCGGCUCGGCUCCGAUCGAUGUGUCCUGGGAGGACCCUGACAUGGCAGCGAAAUCUGCAGAAAGGGCCGAGAUUUUAGAGGCGGGUGCCCUUGCAUUGAAGGUUGUUCGUGUUCAUGCGGCGGCGGUGCUGCGCCGCGAGGCGCAGGAUCUGGGCCAAGCGUUACGGGCCUGGGUUGGCGUGGAGGCAGAGCCGGAGCGGAGUGCUCCGGAAGAGCUGCCUUCCUCGCUUUUCGCACCUCUGGCUUCCGAGCCGGAAGAGAUCGACGAGCUGGAGCCGCGUAAGGCCGAGAGACAAUGA